GGUUCAGUGCUGCUAGUAGAACAACUGACACUUGCGCUCGUACGUACAGCGGUAGUUCCGGGUUGUCUCUCAACUUUUACCUUGUUGUCCUCGUCCUAUGUUGUAAACAAAAAAGUAAUUUUGGCCCAAUUUAGGCAAUCAUGGCUCUCCUAAUGGAGCACCAGUUCCGGCAACUUCCAGCCGACAAACAAGUGGAAACCCGGCCGUUUCUUGAGGCGGUGUCUCAUCUUCCUCCGUUCUUCGAUUGCCUUGGUUCUGCUAUUUUUUCUCCCAUCAAGGCUGAUAUUGCGGGUAACAUAACUAAACUCAAGGCAGUGUAUGACACUAAUCCCAGCAGGUUUAAAACCCUGCAACAGAUUCUGGAAGCAGAAAAGGAAAUACAUGGAGCUGAGUGGCCAAAAGCAGGAGCAACGCUUUCCCUCAUGUGGCUGAAAAGGGGGCUACGUUUUAUUCAGGUUCUUCUGCAGAGCCUGGUGGAUGGAGAAAAGGAUGAAAACAAUCCUAACCUCAUCCGAGUCAAUGUCACCAAAGCUUAUGAAAUAGCAUUGAAGAAAUAUCAUGGCUGGUUCGUCCAGAAGCUUUUUCAAGCAGCACUGUAUGCCGCUCCAUACAGAUCAGAUUUUCUCAAAGCUCUGUCUAAAGGGAAGGAGGUUAAGGAUGAAGAAUGCUUGGAUAAAGCACGGCAGUUCUUAGUAAACUUCACCGCUACUAUUGACGCCAUCUAUGAAAUGUACACCAAGAUGAACGCAGAGCUGGACUACACUGUGUGAUCCGAGUUCAAACUUCAAACCUUAUGUCUCUUAUGUCCCAAAGGAUCACCGUUGCCUCCCAUUAGACAUCUCAAUGCGCCGUUCUUUCUCCUGGAUUUCUGCAAUCAGUGGUUUUGCUUUCUCAUGGGGGACAAUUAAGGUCUGAGCUGGUGAAGACUCUCACGAUUAUAUGAAGGGGGAUUUUGUUUUGCCUGUUUGUUGAUGGUGUGAAUGUGUUUGCUUCCAUUAGAGAAGUAGUGUUCUUUAAAGUGAAAGUUUUAGUCAUUUUUACUAUACAGCAAAAUCUUAAAUGUACACUGAUGGAGUAUAUAUAUGUAUAUAUCAGUAGUGUACAUUUAAACCUUGUGAUUUUACUGUGUAAUAAAAUUUCUUUACUUGCAGUACACAUGCACUUUAUGUGUGUAAAGUGGUUGUGUAUUUGUUCCUUUUAUUAAACUAAAAAUGAGGGUUUAAAUUGUAUUAUUUAAAAAAAAAGAGUUUGCAGAUUAAAUAACCAAAUAUCUGAUAUUGUUUACUUUGGAUGUAUUUUGUGAAAGAAACUACUGUGACCUAUUGUUAAACAUGAAUGUAGAGAAACUACUUCUUCAGACAUGACAAUAAAGCCACUCUAUUGAGUGGUGAUAUAUUUUCCAUAAAACAUAUAUAACAUGUAUAACACCAAUUGUUGACAAAGUGACUGAACAUCUUUACAAUAUGUAAUGCUAUGAAGUAUUGGUGGAUUGUAAUAUUUCACUUGUCAUUCCUUAAUUCUCAAAGGGUAAAUUCAUUACAACUGCUGUUAAGAAAUAUUAUUUAUUCAAAUUAUGUUUUAUUCCAGUUGUCUUAUGACAUUUCAGACUUGAAAUUUUUGUUUGACUUCACUACUUUUAUUGACCUUGGUCAGCAGGGAAACAUGGAACAAUAGUAAUUCCCUAAUGAUGUAAUAUGCCGCUUCCUGGAGCUGUAAUAUAUUUUAUUUCUGUUUUACACUAUAGCAGCAACAUUUUAACUGAUAGCCUUUUUCCUGUUGUUGUGAAUUGUUUUGACUCUGCGAAAGCUAUUUAAAUAAAAAAUCAAAUUAUCAUGUUUGUCUAACAGUGAAUAGCUCACUGGCAUAAGAACUUCUGAAACUGAAUUUCCAAAGACCCACUGUGACUGUAUGAUGCUUUUUGGUGCUGUUUUGCUUUCUCACAUCUUUAUGUGUAACAUUGAUCAUUAUAAUGUGUAGUCUUUUUAAAGUCUAAUAAAAAUCAAAUUCUUGCUAAA